GAAGGUGGCGGGGCCGCUGGUAAACUUUCCGUCUCCCGGAUGAAGGGGCGGGGCCAGCAAUCAGCUUUCUGUAACCUGGAUGAAGUGUCAAUAAAGUUGUAAAGUUGAAAGCGGCAGCAAGAUGGCGUCUUCGAUGUUGAAGGUUGCUAUGGGAAGCCGGGCUUAUAGCUCGGGGAUCCGGGACGUCCUCUGGAAGUUGGGCCGCCUUAACCACGUGGCGAUCGCGGUGCCUGAGAUGGAGAAGGCCCGCUCCUUCUAUCGGGACGUGCUCGGGGCUCAAGUCAGCGAACCGGUAGCCCUGGCCGAGCACGGGGUCCUCACCACCUUCGUGGGGCUAGGCAACACCAAGCUGGAACUGCUGGAGCCACUCGGCCCCGAGAGCCCGAUCCGCGGCUUCCUGCACAAACACCGCGACGGUGGCAUCCACCACAUUUGCAUUGAGGUGGACCACCUGCCUGCCGCCAUCCAGCAGCUCCGGGAGCGCCAGGUCCGCACACUGAGCCCGGAGGCUCGGAUCGGAGCCCACGGUAAACCCGUCAUCUUCCUUCACCCCAAAGACUGCGGCGGGGUCCUGGUGGAGCUGGAGGAGGCCUGAGGAGACCGGGGUGGGACAGUAAAAGAAGCAAGCCAGGGGCUACCUGACACCUGGAAGUAACACCCGGGGAAGGAAAUUCCACAUAUUGAGGGGGGACUAUGACCUUCUCUCUGUAUCCAAGGAAACUUAGGGGCUGACAAUACCCGGGCGAUGCUGCCAGCGAUAUUUUCUAAUAAGAAUGAUUAGAGACCUCGCCAGAAGUACGGCCUUCCUUAAAACGUUUCUAAAUCGAAACGAGUGACUCCCUGCCCCCCAUCAUUCGGCAGACCUGGAAUAUGUCAGAAGGUCAUUUGCUCUGUGAAAAUACCAAAUGAGAAAGGGAGUGAGUACUCCUUCAUGGAUGAUCAGUCUGCUGCUCACUUCGUUGCUCAUAGCCUCUCAAUUUAAAUUUGGGAUUUUCUUAAUUUCUUUCAUUUCAGCAUUAAUAAAGGGCGGGGGCAGGUGAUAUUUGUGGGCAACGCGUUUUGAUGUAUUCAAUUUUCCAUUCCCAUGUGCUUUGGAACAACUCGAAUAUUAAAUCGAUAUUCUGAACUAUCUUCAGAAUAUUCCUCCGUAGAUAUUUCUUCAUGGGACCAAGCCAUGUUCUUACUCUGCCAACAGAUUACAAAUUCAAAUGAAAACAGACCUGUAGAAUAGUUGAUUUGACUUAUUCUCUCUUGGUAGUGACCUUGCCUCUGAGUCAGAGUCUUUGGGGUUCCAUCUCAUUCCAAAACAUGAGCACACUAUCUAGGCUGAUGCAUCAGUGCAAUACUGAGGGCUAACAUCUCUUAGAUAAGAUGUGAAACUAAGGACCUGUCUGCUCCAACAAGUGAAUUGUAAACAAAUUACAUGGUACUAUUUCAGAGAGGAGGUGGGGUGUUCUGGCCAAUAUUUAGCCAUCAACUGACAGCUCUACACCAGAUAAUUUGGUCGUUAUCUGAUUUUCUGUUUGGGAGAUGUUGCUUCAUGCAAACUGGUUGCCACAUUGCAUACAUCACAACAAGUACUUCAAAAAGUGAAUCUGUGAUGUGCUGUGGUAUGUCCUGAGUUCUUGAAUGGUGUUAUGUCAAUGCAGAAUGACAACCUGCCACCAUUUGGUCAAUCCAUAAACAUGACUGCUGUUCUGGACUCAGUCUGACUUCUGCCCUUUCUAUUUCAGUUCCAUCUGUCUAUUUGUGUUUACUGUCUGUCACCCUGCAGUGAGUAUAUUUGAAAUAACUGGGCCCCACUCGAAAAGUCAACUUGCAGCCUAACCUGCUUUCAGCAUUUACUGUUUAUUUUGCUGUUCUUCUUUGACUGUAAAUGUUUUUCCGCAAAAGUUCUCAAAAUGUCUUUGUUGUAAGGUGGCCGAGUAGUGCUACUAAUGAUUAAGUUGAUAAGCAGACAGUUCUUGGGUGGAAACACUAAGUUUAUUUACAAUAUACUCAGCAGCAACUACACGCGUGCUUUCAACUCUAACUGUAUCUCCACACUGACUGCUGAGGUAGCCCGCACCACUCUGCUAUUGGUUACUACAAAUCAUGUGAUCUUGCCUAACAAGUAUUCUUAAAGGUGCAUUACACACUAAAUAAAACCAUAAUUACUACAUUCCUCCCCCUUUAACUCGGCUAUACACAUUAAAUUUACAAGUAUAUAUUUUUCAAGGCAACAUAAUAUUCACACUGGGUAAGGAUUUUACAAGUUCAGUCUUUCAGGUGGUUUCCUGGUACGUGUGUAACAUCGCAGCUCCACAACUUCAUAUUUUUUGUCAGGAACCUCCUUUUCCGGAGUUGCCUGAAAAUCCGGUGCUUCGGUGGGCA